CAGUCUGCAGUUUGAAGAAGAGAGACACAAGAGUUCGGUGUCUUAAGACACAAGCUAAACAAGAAUGCAGCUUUGCGGGGUGGGGGGAGGGAUAUUACAGCAGCUCUCUGGAAAUUGCAAUGUUUCUUUGCAAUUUUGCAAAGAAAAUUGCAAAAUUGCAAAGUGACUUGUAAAGUCACCAGCUUCAACUGAUAUUAUCUGUCUGUCAAGCCAAGACAGGGAGGUGCUGCCUUGACAGAAUUAUUUUCCUUGUCCUCUGUGGCUUGGCAGUUCAAAAUGAAUUUUUCCCUCCCACAUGACCCAAAUAAUUCUUCAGUUGCCAUGGAUUCGACAAUUUUUUUUUUUUAAAGUGACACCAACAUUAUUUGUGUAUUCUGCAACCUGCCUGGAGCAUUUCCAGACGGGGCUUUUAGAUUCGAAUGGAAGGUGCUGCUCCGCCUGAUCUUCCACAUCUGUCUCUUCCUCCCAAGAAGGCCCCUCCUGGACACACCUGUGUGGCCUGCCAGCUGAACACUCUGGAUCACUCAGAUCCUGUCGCUACUGCAUCUGAACCCAGACUCAGCCGGUCUGAUCCAGCGGGGAGAAGACCAUGGCGGUUUUACUGCAGGAGUUCGAUUGGGGGUCUCUGGGAUACCGUCCUCCCCCAGUUGUAGCCUUCUCCAGUAUAAAAUAGAGAAAAUGGUUCUGCUGAUUCAGAAACUGAGUCUUUCGGUGUGGCACAAUGACCCUUUGGGGAGGAACAGCUUCUUGGGUGAGAUGGGAGUAGACCUGGCCGGCUGGGACUGGAGGAACAAUAAGCUGAACUGGUAUAUGCUGAAACCCCGGAGUCUCUCUAUAAUCAAUUGCGUUGACCAUCGAGGAGUGAUAAACCUGUCCAUUAAGUACAUCCCACCAGGAUCCCUAGGUCGAAAGACUCCUCCAUCUGGGGAGGUCCAUAUCUGGGUCAAGGACACCAAAGAUCUGCCCCAGUUACGUCCCUCCGGAGUGGGCUCCUUUGUGAAAUGCUACGUUCUUCUAGACACCAGUAAAAAGAGCUACCAGAAAACCCACAUCGUCAAGAGGGACUCCAACCCGGUGUUUAACAACACCAUCGUGUACGACGGCUUUCAUACAGAAGAUCUGAAGGAUGCCUGUGUCGAGCUGACCGUCUGGGAUCAUGAGAAACUGACCAAUCACUUUCUGGGAGGGGGCCGGCUGGGACUUGGGACAGGCUCCAGCUAUGGGAUUGCCGUUGACUGGAUGGACUCCACACAAGAGGAGGUUGCGUUUUGGCAGGAAAUGAUGACCACGGCAAAUGAAUGGAUUGAAGCGUCUCUGCCUUUGCGCUCUCUGGCUGGAAAAAGGAAGCUGAAAUGAACAGCUGGCAGCAGCCCACAGAGGAACGGAGAACCGUUUACACAGAGAGGAGGGCCAAUGCAAAGCUGGCUGACCUCAGGAUUGCCUGUGCAAUGGACUUCGAAAGGACAAGGGGCCUGAAGGUGUCAUAGCGCCAAGCCAGUAGACUUGUGGAACAUCUAGCAGGACGUGAGACUUGACUGUCCAUCUGCUGCGCUUGGCUUGCUGGCCACAAUGGCCUUAGGAGUGCAGCCCUGCUAUGAUCCAGAA